UUUAUACAAAACAUAUUUAAUAGCUAAGGAUGCAUUUUGAUUAAAUAAUAAAGAAAAUCAGUUUAGGAAGGAAAGGAAAUAUAACAACAAAUACAUCUUAUGUAUAAUUUAUUGUGAACAAUAUAAUGUACAACAAAUAAAAUCUUAAUAUAAUACCAUCUUAUGUAUAAUUUAUUGUGAAAAAUAUAAUGUAUAACAUACUUUAUGUUUAUAUAUAUCUUUAUUCAUUUUUAAUAAUUGUAAUUUACAAAAUAUUAACUUAAUCUAUUUUAUAAAUACACAUUUUAUUUAUAAAUAGAUAUGAUUAUGCAUACUAUAUUAUUAUAUUUAUAUCUAUUAAACCACAAAAAUAAGAAGUCUCUGCUGCUGUUCCACUAGCAAAUUAAGAAGUCUAAGAACACGUAAGAGCAUUAGUAUUAUUACUAAUCUCUAAUGUUGUUCUUGUAAUUCCUUUAUAAGUUUUCGGAACGUACUUCAUUUAUACUCGAUUAAUUUCAUUUUAACAUUUUAACCCGAAAAAAAAUGUUGAUAAAAAAAAACACGAAACCUUUGAUAUUCAAUUGAUUGGUAAUCAAUAAACAUCCAUGUGAUAACAAGUCUGUCACAGCAACAGCAUUGAUUACGACAUGUGAAGAUAUCUUCACACUCUACCCUCUCCAUCUUCUUCUAUGUGUUCAUUGUCGGUGUUAUACACAGCAUAUAAGAUUAAGAUUUGUCUAGAUUCUCUAUCUACUAGCUGGGUUUUCUAAGCUUAGUAGUGUAAAGGAGUCCAGUCAGGUGAGCAUUACCAGAAUAGUCUUUUUAUGCUCGUUGUUUCUAUAUAAGCCCAUCGUCUUGUUCGGCCCACUCCAAUUAGCAUUCAAAAUCAGUUGCAAUUUCUUAACAGAUUAUUUAAAACAUUGUAUUUGUAUGUACUUUUUUGCUCUUCUUAUUGAAUACCGUGGACCGCCCACACCGUCCAUCCAUUGGUCGGCGCAACGCAGAGUAUUCAGAAUUACUAUGUUUAACGUGAACCUAGUUCUAAUUACUAUUAGUUCUCUUGUAAUUAUAAAUAAAAAUGAAAAAUAGCAGAGGGAGUAGUGGAUGAACUGAUGAGGUCGAGCUACUAUAAAUAGACUGUUGCAUGGCUAUGUCUAACUCAUCAAUUUGCUAAGCUAAGUAUUCAAACUGAGUAGUGAUUAAUAGACGGCGGAUUAUUCUCGUGCUAGUGAGCAGCAGGAAGCCGAUUCUGCAGCUUCUAAAGGGUGUGGAAUAUUUGAAUUUCUCAAGAAGAAACCGGAAGAUGUACCUUCCUCCGAUGUGACCAAGGAAAACAAGGGAGAGGAGAAGCCUUCUCUCGCUGAAAGAAUUCACCUUUUUGAUAGCUCUGUACGUAAACUUAUAGACACAUUUGUACUUUGGAAACUCUAUGAUAAAUCUUAAUGUAACACUUGCUGUUUGAUGAUGUUACAUUAUAUGUAUCCAUUAUGCAGUCAUCAAGUGAUGAAGAAUCCGGUGAAAAUGGGGAAGUGAAGGAGAAGAAAAGGAAAAAAGCAGAAGGAGAAGGUGUGUUGUCACAACAAGGAAGAUGAUGUAGAUCAGUGUGAAACAGAGGAGAAGAAGGGCAUCAUGGAGAAGAUCAAGGAGAAGCUUCCUGCAGCUAAAGGUCAAGACUCAAGACCAAGCCAAGCAGCCUGAACAUGAGGAUGGGAAGGAGAAAGGGAGUAUAGUCUUUUUUUUUUUUUUUUUUUUUUGCUAAAUAGAAAGGGAGUAUAGUCUGUAUAGAGAAGAUUAAAAAGAAGCUUACUAGUCAUACUAAGCACGAAGACGAUGAUGAAAAAGGAAACUUAGUUAAUUAGAGUGUUUUUACUUUCAGUAAAUGAUUCAUCAUCUUGUUGUAUUCUGGACCUCCUCUCUCGUGUGUCUCCAGGUUAAUAUUCUCAAAACUAAAAGGCUCAAGAAAAAUGCAUAAUGGUUUUAAUAAUAUGAAUAUAAUUAUAAAUAUCAAUAUAAACAUAAAGGUGGGUGGUUUUAACUAAUUUCCGGAGAUGGUCCGGUCAGUUAUAAGUUUAGGCUGGGUUAUAGAGGGCCCAAUAAAGGCCUGUCUAAGAUCACGUAAAGUGAGAAAAGUAAUAAAGGCAUUCACGGAGAGAGAGACGGUUUUAGUCCCUUUCAGAAUAUCACGGGGAAGAAGACAGACUGUGACUUUUGUGUUUCCAGCUGCCAUAGCUUCUUCUUCUGGUGGGUUCUGUUUACUCCCUCACGCGUUCAUGCAGUUGGUAUCUGAUCAUUAUUAGCUCAUUUCGUUUAAGUUAUAUAUAUAUAUAUGUAUAUUAUAUGAAUUUGAAUACGAAACUAAAGUAUGAACUAAAAAUUUGUUGAAAGUGAAAGGGACGACAUAAACUUGACUGAGUUACCAAUCCAACAAUUAAAAAAAAAAAGAGUAGAGGUCAAAACCAGCUCAACCACGAGACAAUGAGCUGGCCACCAAUCAUCGGACAGUUUACGAAUGUUGACGUUGAAUUGUUUUAAACACGCUAAAUGCACGAAAAAAAACAAUCUAAUCUUAUAAGUCUAACUUCCGAAAUUUCCUGCGCCGCCAAGCCAAUCCAACUCAGCAUCAACAUUUACGCGCUCAAUUGACCCACCUCACAGUUUCAUUUUGGGUCUUUCUCCAAUCAUCAAUCAUCUUGUUUUAGCAUGAGCUCUUGCUAUUUUCUUAUUACUAUUAUGUGCAUGGCGGACUAUUCCUUUUGUUAGUCAUGCACAUUAUUUCUCGAAUAGCAACUACUUGUAUAGAACGAAAAAAAAAGUUAAGUUAUAUGUAAUAUUUACAAAUUAGAUACCAAGCAUAUGGACAACAUGCGCCUGUAACUUAUUACACAAUAAAAAGAUUUACAAAACGCAAAAUUUGUGUCAGUAAAAAAAAAGAAUGGAAGCAGCUUAAAAAUACAACACCAAUGAAGAUGAAACAAAGCUUGAAGAUAGAGAUACAGCAAACAUUUAAAGCAUUGACGGUUUCAUUCAUUAAAUAAUCACCUCUCAAAGCAAUAUAGUAGUAGUAUAUAAUUAAAUUAACUGGGUCAAUUGAUGAAGAAAGAAGGAGUAGGUGGGGCCUUGUAUUACCAAUUGACAAACCAACACAAAAAAAAAAACACGGAAUUAGCUUAUAAUUGGAAAGCAUACUCCCACCCGUUGGACUUUAAAUACGUCCCCGAGUCAUUGAACUCCAAAACUCACAUCUUCAACCGUUCUCUUCAUUUUAUCAUCCCACCUCCUAAUCAUCAAAGUUUGAUCAGCUAGACGAGUAUAUAUGGGGUGGUGGCUAAAGUACUGCGGCCUUUGGACAGUGAUGACCAUCAUCGUUUCUUUAGUUCAGGCUGAAGAUCCCUACCGUUUUUUCGACUGGAGGGUCACUUACGGCAACAUUUAUCCACUUGGCAUUCCUCAAAGGGGAAUUCUUAUAAACGGACAAUUUCCUGGACCGGAGAUUUACUCAGUCACCAAUGACAAUUUGAUCAUCAAUGUUCACAACGAUCUCGACGAGCCCUUUCUCUUGUCUUGGAACGGUGUACAGCUGAGGAAGAACUCAUACCAAGAUGGAGUGUAUGGGACUACUUGUCCAAUCCCACCGGGGAAGAACUAUACUUAUGCCAUCCAAGUGAAAGACCAGAUCGGUAGUUUCUUCUACUUCCCUUCCCUCGCCUUUCACAAAGCCGCUGGUGCUUUUGGUGGCCUCCGUGUCCUCAGCCGCCCUCGCAUCCCCGUCCCUUUCCCUGAACCCGCCGGAGAUUUCACCUUCCUCAUCGGCGAUUGGUACUCUCAGCAUGACCACAAGAAUUUGAAGGCACUUUUGGAUAGAGGUCACAGGCUACCCUUUCCUGAUAAGGUUUUGAUCAAUGGGAAUGGUGUCAACUUUUCUUCUUCUCUCACCGUUCACAAAGGUAAAACGUACAGAUUCAGAAUAUCGAAUGUUGGGCUUCAACACUCGCUAAAUUUCAAAAUAGUAGACCAUCAGAUGAAGCUCGUUGAGGUUGAGGGAACCCACACGAUCCAGUCCAUGUAUUCCUCACUCGACAUUCACGUUGGUCAGUCUUACUCUGUCCUGGUCACCAUGGACCAGCCUGAGAAAGACUAUUCCAUCGUCGUUGCCACUAGAUUUGCCGCCAAGAAGAUCCUGGUCGGCUCUACUCUUCACUACUCCAACUCCAGACAAAGCCUCUCUUCUGCUUCUCUCUCUGCUCGAGGGCCUGCCGAUGAACUAGACUGGUCUAUCAAACAAGCUCGAUCCAUUAGGACCAACCUGACAGCGUCCGGGCCAAGGCCCAACCCUCAAGGCUCGUACCACUAUGGACUAAUAAAUAUCUCUAGGACUUUAGUACUAGAAAGCUCAGCAGGCCUCGUGAAGAGGAAGCAACGCUAUGCCAUAAACGGAGUGUCGUUUGUGCAUUCGGACACUCCGCUGAAGCUUGCGGAUUACUUUAACAUCAGAGGUGUUUUCAAAGUGGGAAGCAUCCCUGACCAGCCGAGAAGAGGAGGAGGGAUAAGGCUGGACACCGCAGUGAUGGGAGCAAACCACAGGGCGUUUAUUGAGAUUGUCUUUCAAAACCGCGAGAAGAUCGUCCAGAGUUACCACCUAGAUGGAUACAGCUUCUGGGUUGUUGGAAUGGAUAGAGGAACAUGGUCACAUGCGAGCAGACGAGAGUAUAACCUCGUGGAUGCUGUUUCUCGCUCAACUACUCAGGUGUAUCCAGAAUCAUGGACAGCCGUAUAUGUAGCACUGGAUAAUGUGGGGAUGUGGAAUCUAAGGAGCGAGUUCUGGGCGAGACAAUACUUAGGUCAACAGUUGUAUCUACGAGUUUACUCUUCGGUUCACUCUCUCAGAGAUGAAUAUCUUGUGCCCAAGAAUGCUUUAUUGUGUGGUCGAGCCUCCAACAUGCAGAGACCCAUCAUCACUCCGUAGAUCACAUUUAUAUUACUUCAUCCACACCAAUCUAUAAUAGAGUUGAUUAACCACUAUCAUUUAGAUAUUCAUUCUGUUUGGAAAUAAAUGGCAAGUUAUGCAUAAUUCUUUACCAAAUAGCUCUAUUUGUAUUAUUUAAAUACUAUAUACUUGAAAUUCAUUCAUUUCAAAAUGUAUUCUUACAUCAAAUAACACAAAACCUUAUUAAGUUUGAAA